CUACUCCUGCUCUCCCACUCUCUCCCCCUCCCGCAUCUCCUCUGCCUCUACUAUCUCCUCCUUGGCCCUCUGACGCUCGUCCAUCGCCAGCUGGAAGGCCAGCUCUUCCUCAUCCGUCAGAUCGCCCAGCGAAGUGAAGGUGUGGGUGCGGCGGCUGUUGUGGGAGCCGUGGAGGAGGCCGCGAUGAAAUCGGUCGCUCAAGGCCUUCUCCUCCAUGGCAUACCUGCAGGGGGAGAAAUAUGGAUGGAUUGCCAUGAUCGGUCGUGAUUGGUAGUGUCUCGUGUGCGUUUGGUCUCGUGUGUGAGUACCAGCAUCCCAUGACCCAGAGAAAUGUCAGGAAGCUCAUGCAGAGGAACCAAUACAGCACCCUGCAGUCCACACACGCACACACAGGCAGGUAUACAUUGACAGGCAGAGACUUGAAAGGCUGCUGUCCUUCUCACCUGAGGUGCAGAGGCAGGUUUUGGUUCUGCGGGUUGUGGCUGCAAUCUAUCCACGGCGCGUUGGGCGCCUCGAUGCUCUCGUCGAGAGUGACACCAACGUGCACCAACGCCAUGUGCAUCAGGGCUGCAGCACACACACACACACACACAGAGAGAGAGAGAAUGGUUCUUUGGGUGUUCGCUGACCCGCCCGAUCACUUACUUUGAAUCUCGGCGGGCAGCCCAGCCCUCACGGUCAAUAGAGGCGACCUCCGACGGAUGGGCUCUGCGUGGUACGGCCCAUCCAUCGCACUGCCGCGGAUCACAUAGCCACAGAGCUUGCUGCCCUGGCUAACGCGGCACUUAGCCCUCCUCAGGGCACUCUGAGCAUCGCCCGCCUUGUCUGCAAGAAGAAUGCCCCACGCACGGAUGGGCUGUGGAGGGAGGGCGGAGGAGUUGAGCGGGGCGGCCAGGUAGUUAAAGUGAUACGUCCGGUCGUUGGGCGGGCAGUCGACGCCUGUGUCAAGGAGAAGCACAUGUUAUGUGCUUCCUGUCCAUCGCAAAAAGCCAGUUUUCCUACCUUUCUCGCAUGGCACGCUUAGCCACACGGCGAGGGACAGAUCCACACCGGCAUCCUCAAAUAUGAUGGCAUUCUGCUUCAUAGCGGCAAGGUCCGACUCGGCGAGCGGCGUGAAAGUGCCGUCCGAGAAGGAAGGCCACCCCUUCAGGACAUAGAACGCCCCAAAGCCGCCCAGACUCCCCAGCACCAGCUGGCACACCAGAAGGCCCACCGCAACCGAGAUCAGCCAGCCGCUCCGCAGCCAUCGCAGGAAAGAUCCAGCCAGGAGGGCAGCGGGCAGAGCCACCAGGAACGACUGAGCGAGGUGGGGAGCGUCCGCCCAUGUGUGCGGGCCCGUCAGGACGAUAACAGCGAUGAUGGCAACGGCGAGAAGAGGCCCGGAUAGCGCCACAAUGGGCAGCGCAACGUUGGGCGAUGGCGUCUUUGGGCUGUACGUGAAGAACAGCUCAUCGUCCGCUAACUCGUCAUCCUUGAUGAGGCAUGGCGACUCAGGGGUGGCGCGAGAGAGCUCCUUCAUCUUGGACGGCAUUUGGAGAGGCCGGUC